AAUUGAGUGAGAAUGUUGAACAUUCUAUGUUCACAUUUUUUAUUUAGGGAAACUGUAUUUGGCAUUGAGGUGAAUUAUUUUAUCUUGAAUGUGCAGUUGGUUAGGCAAUUGCAAGGCCAGGAGGAAAACCCUUUUGGAGAUGACACAGCAACUUCACCAAAGAAAAUAUUUCAGCUUUUAAAUCAGACCAUUGAGGCUCUAUCAAUCAUUCCAGCACCAGAACUGGCUUUAAGGUUGUACUUGCAAUCUGCUGAGGCUGCAAAUGACUGUGAGCUAGAACCUGUUGUGUAUGAAUUUUUCACCCAAGCGUAUAUUUUGUAG